ACCACGAAAGGUGAACCGCGUUAUAGCGAGGGAUUACUGUAAUCCAAAGUAGGACAAAAGCAUAAAUACAGGUUCAAAUACAGCAGUAUUUGAGUCAAUAUUUCUUAGCAAGUUACUCUUAAACCCCAUGCUUUUUUUUUUUUUUUUUUUUUCUCGAAGCCAUCAUUGCACCCCCGGCAUUAUUCUGACAAGACCCAUAAAGUAAGAAAAAAAAAAAGAAAAAAAAAAAGCUCCUCGUAAAAAUACAGCUCGGUUUUGGCUCCGGGGCAGAUGAGGAACACACCCCACUGUGACGCUGGAGAUAUGAGUUGCAACCUGCUCUGCUCUCUGCUAUGCGCUGCUUAUCAGGCACUUUAUUACUGACAGCUGCUCUGGAAACAUCUGCUCUGAGCGGCUGCUGCUGCUCACCCUGUGCAUUAAUUACUUCUGGAUUCUCCUUCCCAGUGGAGCCUUUUAUAAAAUCCCUGAACAGACAAUGAAGCUGCUGAUUUGUGUCCUUGCGAGCUUGGUCUUCUUGGCUCCCCUGAGGCCCGUCUCCAUCCCCUGGCUGCCCGGCCUGAUUGCAGGGCUGGGCGUCCUUGCGGUCUGGAUGGGGUCCUGGAAGAACAUUCGUGUUGCUGCAUGCACCAUCAAGAGAGACCUGAUGUGUCUGGCUGCUAUUGUGAAAGUAAGACUUUCCAUGCACAGAAAUGUGCAGAAUAAAAGAACCAUCCCUGCCUUGUUUGCUCAGAAGGUGCUGCAGCAUCCAGACAAACCCGCCUUGAUCUUUGAGGCUACGGGAGAGGUUUGGAGUUUUAAAGAUCUGCAGGAGCGAUGCAACGCCGUGGCUCACUUGGCUCUGGCUCAGGGCUGGGCUGAGGGGGAUGUGGUGGCCUUGUACAUGGAGAGUCAUCCGUCGGUGGUUGCUCUGUGGCUGGGGCUGGCCAUGGUGGGCGUGGAGGCCGCGUUCAUCAACCACAACCUGCGGCAGGAAUCGCUGCUGCACUGCGUUGGAGUAUCUGGCGCUCGGGCCGUGGUGUUUGGAGCAGAAAUGACUGAAGCGGUGUCAGAGGUGUCAGGAUCCCUGCAGCCCGGCACGACUCUGUUCUGCACCGGCGGUGAGGAGGAGGAUGGGGAGCGGCACUGCAGCUUCCAGGCCCAGAGUCUGGAAGCCCUGCUGACCUGCUCGCCCACACACCCGCCGUAUUACAAGCUGAGGAAAGGCUUCAAUGACAGACUUUUCUACAUUUACACGUCUGGAACAACCGGGAUGCCGAAGGCAGCGGUAGUGGUGCACAGCCGCUAUUUCCGCAUCGCUGCCUUCGGUUUUCAUUCGUUUGGCUUGCGUCCCGAUGACGUCGUCUACAACUGCCUUCCUCUAUAUCACUCUGCAGGGACCAUCAUGGGCGUGGGACAAUGUUUGCUCUUUGGCUUGACAGUCGUAAUCCGGAGGAAGUUCUCAGCCAGUCGCUUCUGGGACGACUGCGUUAAACACAACUGCACCGUAAUCCAGUACAUCGGCGAGAUCUGUCGCUACCUGUUGGCUCAGCCUGUCCGCCCGUCCGAAGCUCAUCACCGGGUCAGAGUUGCCAUCGGCAACGGCCUUCGUCCCUUUGUGUGGGAGGAGUUCGUCCGGAGGUUCAGGAUCCAAAGAGUGGGCGAGUUCUACGGCGCGACAGAGUGCAACUGCAGCCUGAUCAACAUAGAUGGAAAGGUGGGAGCUUGUGGUUUCAGUAGCCGGAUCCUGCCCAACCUUUACCCCAUCCGCCUGGUCAAGGUGAAAGAGGGCGAGAAGGAGCUGCUCAGGGAUUCGCAGGGACUCUGCAUACCUUGUCUGCCUGGGGAGCCGGGUAUGCUAGUGGGCCGCAUCAGCGACAAGGAUCCGCUCAGGCGGUUCGACGGCUACGCUGAUCGGGACUCGACCAGUCAGAAAAUAGCUCACCAUGUGUUCCAGAUGGGAGACUCCGCUUACGUCUCAGGCGACGUGCUGGUGAUGGAUGAAUACGGCUACAUGUACUUCAGGGACCGCAGCGGGGACACGUUCCGCUGGAAGGGGGAGAACGUUUCCACCACAGAGGUGGAGGGGGUCCUCAGCGGGCUGCUGGGACACACCGACGUAGCCGUCUACGGAGUGUCUGUUCCAGGCGUGGAGGGCAAAGCCGGCAUGGCAGCCAUCGCUCACACGGGAGCCGGUUUGGACCUUGAUGAGUUUCUGAGUGCCGUACAAAAACACCUUCCCUCCUACGCGCGACCCGUCUUCCUGCGACUCAUGCCAUCUGUGGACACUACAGGUACAUUUAAAAUUCAAAAAACACGCCUGCAGAAGGAAAGCUUUAAGCCACAACACACGGGGGAGGAGAUCUAUUUUCUGAACAGCCGGGCCGGACGCUACGAGGCCGUUGAUGAUGAAUUGUGUAAAGCGAUCGUUGAGGGCAAAGUUUCUCUCUGAGACAAGAGGGCACCCAUAGAGUCGGCUGUAUAUUUUAUUACUAUUUUAAGAAAACUCCAUUGUGCGAUGGAAACCUUGUUGAUUUUUCAAAUAAAUGUAUAUA